GGAGCAGACAGCAUUAUACAUGCUGCCCAGCAUGUCGGCAAAGCCGAGGAUUUUGAAAGAAAUUGAUGGACGUGGAUGGUUUAACAGGAGAUCACGUGCAAUGAAGAAUAGAGAAAAAACGUGACCAGAGAAGGAAAAAAAAUGUAUAAGUUAGUAUAAUACGAGAAGAGAAGAGAAGAAAAACACGUCUGAACUGCACUUGUGAAGCAUAGCGAAUGACUAUGGAGUUAUUUUGUUCAUACUCUAUUCUAGUCAAAACUAUUAUUCUCUUAAAUUUUGAUUGUAACUAAAUUAAAAAUAAGAAAGUUUAUUUCUGAGAAGACCACAAAAUUAAAGGAUAGUGAAAAAACGUCUUGCGAAAUAAUUUCUCGGUGAUUAACAACAACAUCGUAUUUCACAUUUUAGUUUCAUAGAGAUUGCGCUAACAGCUUUUUUGUUAAUUUUAUUUUAGUUUUUCUUCACAAGAACCAUCAGUAUUUGAUGAUCAUUAUUCAAUAACAACAAAUACACCAAAUGAAAUAACAUCAGCACCAGCUGUUGAUUUAGAAUUAAAUGUACAUAUUCAAAUAGCUAGUGGUUCAUGUAAUCUUUAUACACGUCGUGAUUUAAUAUCAAAUACAUCAUUAACAACAGUAAACUUUUCAAAACAGCAGCAACAACAACAACAACAACAACAACAACAACAGCAAUCACAAAUAAGUAUUGGUUCAAUUGUAAAUAUAAAUAAAAUUGAAUAUCAAGUAUCACAAUUUUCUUUACCGGGCGUUGAUGUUGAUGCACAUUAUAAUUCUAAACAUAAUAAUACAAUAAAUAGUGCAUUAAAUAAACGAGCUAGUUUUUAUUGUCAUGCUAUGAUACAAUCACCAACAACACAAAUAACGAUACAUCCAUUAUUACUUGAUUUUCUUGAACAAACACUUGAACAUGUUACAUUACCAAGAGAACAAGAACGACAAACUAAUUUACAACAAGAACAAGUACAAACAAUUAAUGGACAAAAUUCCACUAAUGAUCAUUUAAAUACGAUGUUUUUAAUUGAAGAUCCAUCAUCAACAACAUCAUUUCCAAUUGAUGUUAUUGUUAGUCUUUUUAUUCAACCAUCAGUUCUUCUUUUUACAUAUUUACCAACUCAUCCAAUGGAAUGUGAACUUCGUUUACCAAUAGUUGAUGUUGUAUUUUCAUCAAAACGUGCAUUACCAGAUAAUAUACCAUCAUCAACAACAACAACAACAACUACACUUGAAAAUGAUUCUGAACAAAUUAUUGAAAAUUCUUUAGGUGGCUUAAGUUUUUCACUUUAUAUGAAAGAUUUUAAACUUAAUGUUUAUCAUCCAUUUUCUGGUGAAUCAAAAGUACAUUUAUUUGAAGAUAUACGUUCAGGACAAUUACAAACACGUAAUGCAUUAGCUGUUAGCGUACAAUCAGUUUCAUUUAAUAUAUCACGUACACGUUAUACAUUAAUUGAACGUGAUGAUGAAUUAUUAAAUAGUAUACAAUUAUCUGUUAUUGGACAAAUAUCAAAAGCACAAUUUGAAUAUGAUAUAAGACGUUUUUCAGAAAUUUUAACAUUUCCAAAAAUAUGGUAUAAUCGUUCAUUAGCUCGUCGACUAUUUUUAGGUGAUGAAAAUUUACCAACAAUAAUAUCAUCAUCAAGUACAAUAAUACGACCAAUAGCACCAAUUAUUAUUAAAACAACAACAAAUAAACAAUUACGUAAAGAAGCUCGAGUACUUGUAGCAAUACAAUUAAAAGAAUUACAAAUAUCUAUGCGUAUGUCAAAUGUUAUGGGCAAAGUUGAAUGGAAUACAACAGAUGUUUGUUCAACUGGAAGUUUAAGAUUAACAAAUGAAGGACAAAGAUCAAUUUUCUUUUCAUUAGGUCUUCAAAAAUCUAUAUUUCAAGCUGAACAAGGCAUUGUUGGAGGAACUAUAAGAUUAAGAAAUCUUCGAACUACAGGUAAUUUAUUUUUCUAA